AUGAUAAUACCAAAAGUGCACCUAAGCGAGGGGUAUAUCAUAGCCGAAUUAGAAGAAAUUGAGAGAGAAGAUAAUUUUCGCUUAAAAAGGUUCAAAGAACUAAAGAACAAAAAGAGUAAAAAGCACGCGGGACCGAUUUGCCCUGAAUGUAAACUGGCGAUAGAUGAAAGUAAUAUUUGUACAUGUGAAAUUCCAUUAGAAAAACAACAGUACAUAACGUGUCCUUUGUGUGACGCAAAUGUAGAAAUUACUAAAGAAUUGGAAUGUAUUUGCAAGCAAAAAGAAGAAAUUCAAGAAGCUUCAGAGAAAUCAAUUUCUCAGAAACAGGAAAGCGUAUGUACCUGUGAUAAUGCUGUUGGUGAUGUAAUGGAUUUAUGUCCAUGUGCACAAGAAACCGUAAAGAAAGAAAUCUCAUUGAGUAAAAAUAAACCUUUGGCUAGUAAAACAAACAAGUCGGAGACAUGGACUAGAUCAUCGCAAAAAAUGUGUUCUUGUGAAAAAAUCGGUGAAAAGAUACAGAAUACAAAAACACAGCCCGAUUUAAAAUUUCAAACUAAUAAGUUACCAGAACAGGAAUGUUCUUGUGAAAGAAUUGGCGAUAAAAAAGCUAAUGUUAAAGUAAUAAAGGACGUUUCUGAAUCACCCGAAAAAUCUUGUUGUUGUGUAACCACAGAUGAACCUAAAAUAGACCUAGAAGACGUGCGCAAGUUAAUUGGUGCGGAAAAAAUUAACAAUUUAAAAGAUAUUGUAAUACAAAAAAGUAUAAAGGAACCAAGCAAAGUGACAUUUAAUAAAACAAGCGACAAAUCAGACUGUAUGUCCUGUAAGUCAGAUAAUACCAAAACAAUCAAAAGCGAUGUUAACAAAAAUACUGAUUCUACUGGACAGUUGAAAAUAUGUUCAAAAUGUACUCAGGAAAAGGGGUCUGAUAAAAACGACUCUAAAAAUGUAACAAUUCACAUAAUUAUAGGCCCUGAAAAUAAAGAUGGAGAAAGAGAUGUGACAAAAGCGCAAGAAUCAGCAAAAAAAUCACGUUUUAUAGAAGUACCACAAAAUGUACAAAAUGCGGAUGACUCGGCUGACUUAGGAACCUUUGUAAGCGAGUUUAAGGAAGUAGUAACUAUAAAGAGAUUUAAAAAUGAAGAUGGUACAAUAAGAGAAGAAAAACAAGUAGUAACAAUGAAAUCAGAGGGUAAAAAUACAGAUUCUGCUAGUGAGAUCAAUGGAAUUAAAAAACAUUCCUGUUCAACUCCAGAAAAGGCACAAAUAAAACAAAAAGGUUCUACUAGCUCUUCUCAAUUAGAAAAAGUGAAAAUAGCCGCACCAAUAGAUAGUAAAAAAUCCAAAGGUAGUUGCAAAUCAAAAUCAGGUGUUUCAAGCGCAGCAGAAUCAAAUUUGUCUAUUGAACAAGUUCAAUGCUGUAGUAUGGGAGCUCAGACUGCUGAAGUAGAAAAAUCUACUACAAAUUCUUGCUGUAAAACAAAUGUGAAGAACAAGGCAAACGCGUCAACAUCAGUGACUAGUUCCCUUUCAGGAAAGUCAUCCAGAGCAUGCUUGCAACAUUCAUCUCGUAAAGACAUCAACUCUGAUCGCCCAAAAAGUUGUUGUACUAUAAAAAUCGUCGCCAAACCUAAAAAUGCAAAGAGUCAAGAUAAAGUUCUCACGGAUAAUUGUGUAGAUUUAAUUAAAAAGCUUUUGUUAGAAGCAAAUCAAUCAAAGGCGUCUUGCCAGUCUAAUAUGACGAAGUCUAAGUCAGAUGGUUGUGCCUGUAAAUCCAAAAAGGACACCAAAGAUUUAAAAAGCUCAACAAGCCAGACCUCAAACAACAGUUGUGGUUCAACAACCACAGAAAAACGAUGUGCCUGUGGCAAAGAAAAAGCAGGCCCGAAACCAAAGCCUUGUGAAAAAAACACUUGCAUACAUAAAACGAACGCUUCCAGUUCUGAUUAUUGUAAGUGUAAAUCGAAAACUUCGGUGUCUAUAAAAUCGGAUAAAAUGUCUCAAUGUUCUUCUAAUACUUCCGUUAAAGGUUGUGAAGAGUCUUCAUGUGUUCACAGGAAGAAAGAAUCGCAAUCCUCUUGCAUGUGCAAAAGUAAUUCUGCUGAUAAAAGUGUUCAGUUCAACGCCAAAGAGAGUUCGACAGAUUCAGCGUGUAAGGGUCAAUCACAAGUUAAAAUGGAGGUUUGUCCAUCGUGCGGCUCAAGAGUACCAUCGAAAUCUACACCAAGCAAUUUAACUAAUAAAUCUAGCGAGUGUAGUUGUGCACCAAAACCUACUCCUUCGAUAAAGUCUACUUGUAAAGAAACACCAUCAAAAGAAUCCCUAUGUAGUUGUAAAAGCAAAGACGAAAUCAGACCGAAAAAAGUGGAUGACAAGAGUGACUGUAACAAGGGAUCCAAAAGAAGUAUCUCUUUUAGUCCCGCACCUAAGUCUUCCAUUUGUUCUUGCUCAAAAACACCAAGCAAACCAGCAUCAACGUGUUGUAAAGAUUCAUCAUCCACUAAUUCGUUUGAAAAAAGUCGGGAUACACAAACCGACUGUCCAAAAUGCGCUAAAGCUGCAGCUAAGGAAAGUUCUUCUAGUAAGACACAAGCGAAGAGUCCGAGCCUUAGAUCAAAAACGACCAGCUCCUGCUGCAAAGUCGAAGAAAAAAACAGCUGUAGCUGCAAAAAAGAAACGAAACCCGAACCAAAAUGUCCCAUAUGCGCCAAACAGAGUCCCAAAAAAAUUGAACCCAAAUGUAGCUGUACAUCAAAAUCGGAUACAAGCAUUCAAAGCCGAACGAGUACUGGGUCCAGAAAUGCAACCAAAUCAGAUUCCCUAUGUUCAGUUUGUUCAAAGAAGAAAGAACCCUCUUGCAGUUGUGGUGGCAAGUCACGUUCCGAUGCCAAGUCUGUAUCCAGUAACUUUUCGAGUACCAAGUCCACGGGCACAGAUAAGAUGUGUCCUAAGUGCUCACAAAACGACGAGAUAAGAACCAUAAAAGCGCCUAGCCAGAAAUCAUCUUGCAGCUGUCAAACACCCAAAGACAACGAGUGCUGUGGAAAGCGUUCAAAAAGCAGUGUACAGUUUCUCGAGUCAGAGAUAUGUCCGAUGUGUGAGCCAAGGUCCAAAGACAUGGGGACGUCCACCCGAAGGUCUGAUAGGUAUGACGUGAGGAAUUUCGGUAUGUUGAAGAACGCUGAAGCGCCGAAGAAAACAACAUGCACUUGCUCUUCAGACACUUAUGUGGGUCUUGAUAAAUGGUACGAGAAUACGCCUAGAGCUAGCUCUUAUCAUGGUCAAUGUUAUCAUUAA